AUGGAUAAACUAACUAUUGUAGAAAUAUUAUUUACAGCAUGUAAUGAAAAUGAUUAUAAUGUACCAUUGACUGCCGAAGAAAGUCUUAAUAAAUUUGCCAAAAAUUUAAAAGAAGUGGUUUUAACAAGAAUUCAAGUUGAAUUACAUGGAAUUAUAAAACAUAAUCCUAAUGUUGAACCAAAAAUUUUAAAAGGUGUUCUAUGGCGAUUUGCCAAAUUAGCAAAUGUAAUACGUCCGAAAAAGAUUCAACCAUUUUAUCAGAAUAUUAUGAACUUAUUUUUCGUAUUCUUGGUCGAUCGAUUAAUGAUAAAGAAAUUAAAGUAAGUCAAACAAAAAUCUUCGUCAUCUAAGACAAGUUUUUUAAAGAAGUAAUCAGAAAAAUGUCAUACGAUUCAAUAGAAACAUAGAAAAGAAUUGCUCUAGUUAAUUGACAACUUCUGA